CCCGGUCUCCCCUCCAUUCCCCACCCACGCCCAUCCAAUUCUCCUCUCGGCCUCUCCUCCUCUCCUCGCAUCGGCCUCCCGAUCCCUCACAGACCACCCGCGGCGCGCACACGCCCGGACCUCCUACCGGCCGGCACCGGUUCAACCAACAAACCAGCCCAGGCACCUCCGGCCGCGCGUGCGUGUUUGACAUACCAUGGCGCAGCGGGAUCACAAGCAGGAGGAGCCCACGGAGCUGCGGGCGCCGGAGAUCACGCUCUGCGCCAACAGCUGCGGCUUCCCCGGCAACCCGGCCACGCAGAACCUCUGCCAGAACUGCUUCUUGGCCGGACCAGCGUCCACGUCGCCUUCUUCCUCCUCCUCUUCUCUGCCGGGCGUGUCCGCGCCGACCCCCGUCAUCGACAGGCCUAGGCCGGCGCCGUUGGAGGCGGAGCUGGCACGCCCGGCAGUUGUCCGCGCUCCGGCGACGGAGGCGAAGCCGGCGAGGACGUCGGUGAACCGGUGCUCCAGCUGCCGGAAGCGGGUGGGGCUGACGGGGUUCCGGUGCCGGUGCGGCGACAUGUUCUGCGGUGAGCAUCGGUACUCGGACCGGCACGGGUGCAGCUACGACUACAAGGCCGCCGCCCGGGACGCCAUCGCCAGGGACAACCCCGUGGUGCGCGCCGCCAAGAUCGUCAGGUUCUGAGAAGAGGAAAGGAAAAAGAAUCCAGAACCCCUGCCGAGGCAUAGCAAAGAAUCAUCUCAUCGAGGCCGUGGACCGCCGUGCGCUAGUAUUAUGCUGUUGUUCUCCGGAGUGUUUCCCUUUCUAAUUAAAAAAAUCUUUAUUUAUUUGAAAAAAUGGGAGGUAAAGAUGUGGAUGGAAAGGAAAGAAUAGCGUGUGUAAUGUAAUACCAACGGGUGGUUGAGGCCGAGGAGCAAGCAAUGAAAUGGAUUGGAUGUGUAUGUGUAUGUGUGCGCUCCACAUUA